CCUUAUUAAAAAAAAAAAAGCCUGAAUUGUGAACUUUGUAAAAAUUUGUGAACUUUUAAUUUGAUAAUUUGUUAAUACAACUGCUUCUUAGUGUUGUGACCAAUAAGGAAAAUCAAAAUGUCUAAGCGCGCAAAAAAGCGAGACAAGUCGACGGUCGAAAUACUGCAAGUGUAUUCCGCUAGUCGCGAUGAGGAGCAGAUGACAGACUUGAAGAAGACAGAUUACUUGCCCUAUCUGUUCAACCUGGUCAUGCCGAAACAGUUCUACAAGAGCCCCAACCGAAUUGUGAUGGCCCGUCUGUAUCCCGAUGUCCAAAAGCACGAUGAGCAGGCAGCCGAAUACUUCGAGGGCUUCCAGACGCCCUGCUUCGAUUUGCCGACUAAACUGUUCCCGGAAAAGACUCCGAUAGACAAGAUCGUCUUUAUGCCCAAGGUGAUGUUGCCCAUGGGCUUCGAAGCCGGCGGGGUGUUUGGCCCGGGUGUCCUUCCACGUCGUUGCUAUCCCGUUGAUCUGAUUAGCCCGGAUCAUAAGGGCCCAAUGCCGCCGCUGUUCGUCGGUCUGCGCGGCAUGAAGGUCAGCCUGUCGUCGAUGAUCAAUACUUUCCUGAACAUGUACGACAGCCCCGAUGGCAAGGAGCCACAUUUGUAUGAGAUGCAUGCCACCAAUCAUCAUUACGAAAAUGAUCUGGCCCCGGAGGAGCUAAUGCUUCGCCCGGACUUCACCUUAUCGGUGGCCUACACCUUGCCGGCAUCAAUGUGUCUACCGUCGCCGUACCCAUAUCCUAGUGUCCCGGAGCAGGACAACAUAUACACCCCGGAUCUGUCCAAAGUCCUGAUGCUUAUGCCGCACCAGUUCAACAUUACGGUGGCCAUUCUGUCCACCGUAAACAAUCCGCAUGAUCCAUCUGUGGCGUUCGCCACCAUGGGCGAUGACGAGGAGUGCCCCAAAUUCGAGCUGCCCAACGAUGUCUUCCCCAUCUGUGAGGGCGUCAAUCGUCCAAUCUUUCUGCCCAAGCGUUUCAUGCCAAAGGGAUUCGAUGCCUGCUGCGUCUUCAAGCCGGGAAGUCUUUCGGAGCUAUGGUACAUUAAGCGCAUAGGUCGAUUCGGCACUCCACAAGAGCAAUACAACUGUUCCAUUACACCACCUCUGUUCGUGGGCAAAUACACCCGCAACGCUGCGAGCAUCAAUAUGCUAGAGGAAAUCAGCGUGCAUUUCGACCAGAAAGCCCGCGAAUGUGCCAAGUCCCUUGCACGUUUAAGGCUUGAUGCUCUCCGGCUUAAUAGCCGCAAUGGCAGCACCAAGGGCUUCUUGGUAAUGGAAUCGGACAAACCGACGACUCCAGCGGGUGCUUACAGUGUGGAAAGCUACGAAGAGGCCUCUGAAGAUGGAUGCGUUGCGAAGGUGACCCAGGAAUGUGCCACUGAAAGCACAGAUACUCGAGAUGAUGGAAUCAAUACGGCAGACUAUCAGUCGCAGUUUCCCGAACUGGAACCGGAUUCGGAACCGGAACCCGAACCCGAACCCCAGACGGAGGAUGAAGGCGAAGAUGAGGGUGAUAAGAAAUGCCUUUCGUGCUUUAAGGUUGAUAGCGACAUUGAUCUUAUUUCCCAUGCCAUUGCCGAAAUGGGAGUCGCCGAAUUGAGUAUGCUGGGCGAGGUGGACCCAGUGCCCGGGGUCGAUACCAAACUCGCCUUGGACCAGCUGCACGAGGUCUUCGAGACUCGCGACGAGAUCCGCUCCAACAUCGACGACUUGAUGCGGGAUCACGUUUGCAGGAUGGAGCGUGACAUCAUGCUGGCACUGCGUCAGCCAAUCCGCAAGUGCUCCGCAUGCGCAAAGCACUCCUAGAUGCAUCUUUCAAAU